UCUUUCAUUCCGGCUACUGGAGGAAAAGGUGCGCACAGCGUCCGUCUCACCUUCGGAAACCCUACUUCCACUCGAUCCAUCUGACUUAAUCAACAUUUAUCACUUUUACUGCUGCCUGACAGGAUCUAACAACUUUCUAUUGAGCGAGCGUAAAUUCUGUGCGCAACAGCUGAAGAGAAAAUGGGAUUUUAUUGCUUAUAAAACAUCUGUGACGGACUUAUUCACCUCAUUAAAUACAAUCUCCGACGCCAGCGAAUAUUAUGGAUGUAUUUAUAAAAAAUCUACAUGGCAUCACUAAACUAACUGCAGUUAACUGAUGGAGUUUAAGACCAAUUUUCCUCUUUGGAAAAUUCUUUUUGUUCCCCAAUGAUGGGCGGCAGACAAUUGUCAAGGACUUUCAUUUCUGAUUGUGCAGCCUUUGCCAAUACAUGAAAGAAAGAAACCCGUUUUGUCUGAUGAAAUUUCGAGGCUUGUCAGACAGCAGCAGGGCUAUGGGGAUCAGAAAUGGGACAAAAAUCCAACAUCCCUCUAAACCCAUCUCUAAAAUAUAUUUCAGUUUUACUUUGCUCCUGCUUAUUUUCACACCGAGAGUGGAUUCAUCGUGGUGGUACAUUGGAGCACUGGGUGCUCGGGUGAUCUGCGACAACAUUCCUGGCCUGGUGAACAAGCAGAGGCAGCUCUGCCAGAGGCACCCGGACCUGAUGCAGUCCAUUGGCGAGGGAGCCAAAGAGUGGAUCAGAGAGUGCCAGCACCAGUUCAGACACCACCGUUGGAACUGCAGCACGCUGGACCGGGACCACACUGUGUUUGGCAGGGUGAUGCUGCGAAGCAGCCGAGAGGCAGCAUUUGUGUACGCCAUCUCCUCAGCAGGAGUGGUCUACGCCAUUACAAGAGCCUGCAGUCAGGGGGAGCUUAAGAUCUGUCACUGCGACAGCCACAAGCGUGGGCAAGCUAGCGACGACAGGGGCACUUUUGACUGGGGUGGAUGCAGUGACAACAUCAACUAUGGCCUAAAGUUUGCCAAGGCCUUCGUAGACGCUCGAGAGAGGAUGGUGAAAGACGCUCGUGCGCUAAUGAACCUGCACAACAACCGCUGUGGUCGGAUGGCAGUGAAGCGCUUUAUGAAGCUGGAGUGCAAGUGUCACGGGGUCAGUGGCUCCUGCUCUCUGAGAACCUGUUGGCUGGCUAUGUCCGACUUCAGGCGAACUGGAGACUACCUACGUAAGAAGUACAACACAGCCGUUGAAGUGACUAUGAACCAGGAUGGGACAGGCUUUAUGGUGGCUGACAAAGACUUUAAGGGAACCACCAAGAAUGAGUUGGUAUAUGUUGAGAACUCACCAGAUUACUGUCUCAUGGACCGCGCAGCAGGCUCCUUGGGCACAGCAGGCAGAGUGUGCAACAAGUCAUCAAGAGGCACAGACAGCUGUGAGGUCAUGUGCUGUGGGCGGGGCUACGACACAAUGCGCGUCAAACGUGUCACCAAAUGCGAGUGCAAGUUCAAGUGGUGCUGCUCUGUGGAGUGCAAAGACUGUGAGGACAUGGUGGAUGUUCACACCUGCAAGCCCCACAAAAGACCUGACUGGCUGUACAUGACCUAAUGAAGACAGAUGACCAAUCACAGUCACUGCCUCAUUAACCUUUGCUCUAAUGACUGAGUUUUAUUACAUGAUAUAUAAUUGGGAUCUUUUAACUGUAAUACGUCUGGUUGUCAAUCCUGUGACACUUUCAGGGGCUGCUGAGCUUUUAUAAAAACUUUGAUACAAAAUAGCUGAAUAUUAUAUUAUUCUGUUAUAAAUGCACCCAUUGUUGACGCAGAGAUAUGAAGUAUUGUCUGUUUGUUUUACUGUAUGUAAAGAGCACAGCCCAGGACAAACUGAGGAUUAUAAUAAUGGUAAUAUUUAGCCUGACAAGAAAAAUUAAAAACAAAGAUUGAGCUACU